AAGCGCGAACGGGCGCCAUCGCUAUCACUGUCACGUCGUGUAUGUACGAGAGCAUCGUCUACGGCUUUUGUACUCUGACGCGAGAAGCAUUGCGUAAGCUUUUCUACGAGACGACCAAACAGAUAAGAGUCCUUGAUCGCGAUUCGCGAUAUGGAGAGUGGGAGAGAUAGUGGUGAAGCGAACGGCGCCGCGAAGGAAAGGUCAUCGUCAGUCAUCGAUACGCCCAAGUCGGAGGAGGAGGUUACCGUACGCUGCGACGAUACUCAGCAGGACAGCAUCAUGGGUAAGCACCGUGACGAGGACAUGGAGGAAGGUGUGCAGGAGCGAAUGCUCAAGGAUGACAGCACCGCGAAGAUCACGUCCACGGAGAAGAACGAUGCCGAGGCAAAAUUUAUCUCUGAGAAUGGCGAUGCCAAGAUCGAUAUCGAAAUGGUAAAGCAAACUCUUUCUGGAAUGGGCAAAGAAGAAUUGAUGAAGUUUGCUAAUGACCCAUUCUGGGUGAGACUGAGAUGGAUUUUAUUCAUUGCUUUUUGGUUGCUGUGGGCGGCCAUGUUGGCUGGUGCUAUAGCCAUUAUCGUGGUAGCCCCAAAAUGCUCAGUACCUGAGCCAAAGAAAUUGUGGGAAGAAAGCCCAAUUAUUCAGUUGGAUCCCUCAGAUUCUCCUACCGCUGACUUGAAAGGACUAGAAUCUGUACUAAAUGACGUGAAGAGUCAACAUAUCAGGGCUAUAUCUCUUUCGUCACUGGUGAAGGAAGGUGCAAGCGGUGGAACUGAAGAUUUUAGAAGCAUCAAACCCGAAUUAGGAAACGUUAGCGAUUUGGAAAAUCUUAUUAAAGUAGCACACGAGAAGGAGCAACAGAUCUUCUUGGAAUUGGAUCCGAAUCAUUCCUCCGUGGAUCAUCCAUGGUUUCAACGAUCUGUAGAGAGGCAGGAUCCAUUCACAAAUUAUUACGUAUGGGCUGAUGGGAUAACCAGAUCAGAUGGCGGGAAAGAAAGACCGUACCCUCCGAAUAACUGGCUGAGCGUUUACGGCGGAUCCGCGUGGGAGUGGAAUGAACAAAGGGGUCAAUACUAUCUCCAUCAAUUUAAUAAGUCGCAGCCUGAUUUGAAUUACAAUAAUCCAGAAGUGGUGACAGAGUUUGGAGACAUCUUGAGUCAUUGGCUGAAACUAGGGAUAAGUGGUUUUCGCCUGGCGAACACGCAAUAUUUAACGGAAGAUCCACAGCUCCAUGACGAGUCCAGGAGCAUUCUUCCUGUGGAAGCGAACACUUAUCAGUCGCUGACACAUGUCUACACACGUGAUCGUCCGGAAAACGCAGCGGUGUUAACUAAGUGGCAAGAAAUUGUUCAUAAUAAAACCAACGGCCAAGGAUUAUUCGCGUUGCAAGAUGACAUCGGUGCAGAUAUAUUGCAAGUUUACAACGAGAAAAAGAUACUGAUCGAUUUACCGCAGAGCUCGCACUUCCUCACCACUAUGAGUGCGAAUGUAAACGCUACAGUGCUGCGUAGAAUUAUAUCACAAUGGCUUUAUAUUGCACCGUGGCCUGCCUGGAACUUGAAUGAUAAACAGACCACUUUGAGGCAACGUUUGCCCGCUGAUAUCGCCGAUAGCAUAACAUUGAUGACAAUGUUACUGCCGGGCACACCAAUUCUCCGAUUAGACGAUGUUAUGUCUGCAAAGGAGUCGUUUGCAACAUUGUCGAAAGCACGAAGUGGUUUAACGUUCCUUCAUGGGGAUAUGAUGAAUAGGAUAAUAAACGGAACUGUCUACGUAUAUACCAGUUGGUUAAAAAGUGGCAAUCCCGGGUAUCUGGUCGCGUACCAGACUGCAGAAGAAUCAGCUAUCAUAGACCUGUCCGGGAUAUCGCGAAUAUCAGAAGAAAUCACUGUGUUCGCCCACAGUCCCAAUUACGUUCAAGACACAGAAGUUUUCAAGACAAAGUUGCCAUCAAAUAGAGUACCCAUAUCGCCGAGGAGCACGUUGGUACUGACAUUCGUGCCGAAGGAAUAAUUAUGAAGAAUGCUUUUGAUGCAAAAACGAUAACGAUCUGUGUGCGAUUGCGUUUUUGCUUUGAUAGAAACCGAGUUUUGGUCGAUGUAUCGCUUAUAUCAAGGAGACUAAAAUUACACUUAUUGGGUUCAUCGGAGAGUCUCUGCAGAUUUGUUUUUAGCAAAAUUCGAACGCAAAACUUUGUAUUAAGAAUUGAUACAAAGUUGCUAAACAAGUCCGUACCGACUUUCCGGUCAACCUUGAUAUAUUGAAUUUAGAAUGCACAAAUUCUUUGAUCAUUAUCCGCCAAAGAAGACAUUGUUUGCCGAAAAUCUAACUAAUAUUUGUACAUGAACAUAUGGAUUAUUAUGUUUAUUGACAUCAUUUGUUAUAUGAAAACAAUAUUCGUAUAUAUGUUUGGAAGAAAACAAGUGAUUAAAAAGAUCUAUAAAUUUGUGCGUUUAUAUAUUCAUUGUAUUACGUGUGCAAAUAAUAUAAACGAUUUUGUGUCUUGAUGUGUAAGUGCAUGAUGAAAUAUAUGUAUAUGCAAACA